AUGGAACUUCUUUCCAACGGCAUAUCUGGCGCCGGCCUCUCCUCUUCGGAUCGUGCAGACCAACAAGCACAAAUCAGACUCGACAGUCAGAUGAUGAAGGUGGAGAGAGAUGUGAAAGAGGCAGUGGGCAAAGCGGCAAUUCUCAAACUCCAUUCAGGCAUCUGUGAAUUGGCCGUGGAAUUCAUGAGCGGCCAGGGUUUCGACUGGAUCCACACUCCUCGACUGACCGAUCUCGUCAUUGACGGCGACAACGAGUUCUUCUCCCUCGAUUAUUUCGGCCGGCGGGGCUCUUUGGCCCAAGCGACACAAUUCCACAAGCAAAUGCUACUGGGCAAGGGCAUGGGAUUUGAACGAGUAUUCGACAUUGGCCCUCUCUUUCGUGCCGAAAAGAGACUGUCUUCCAGACACAUGACAGAGUUCACCGGGUUAGAGUUCGAAAUGACGUUCCGCGAAACCUACGAGGAAGCUAUCCACCUGACCGAGUCGUUAUUGCUGUAUGUGCUGAGCGAGCUUCAACGGCGCGACAAGUACCAGGACGCCCUUGUGGCGGCAGCAGCCCAUCCUCGAACGGAUGCAUUCAGGUCUCCUCAAUCCGGCAAAGUCCCUCGCAUUACAUUCAGGGAGGCCAAACGUCUUCUUCGAACAGAAUGUAGUAUGCACGAUGCAGUUGACCACGAGGACUUUACAGCCGAACAAGAAGCAGCGUUAGGUCAGUUUAUGCGCGAAUCCGCCCAAUAUGGCAAGACUGAUAUAUUCACCAUCGUCGACUACCCUGCGCACCUGCGUGGGUUUUGGUCCGUUCCAGACCCGCAUGGGUCCGGAACCGCUCGAGCAUUCGAUAUCAUUCUUCGAGGCCAGGAAGUCGCCUCGGGGAGCCAACAUGUUCAUUCCUACGAGCAGCUUUGCCAUGCUAUGCUGAAGCGUGACCCGCCGUUGGACCCGACUGCUGAUAUAUGGAAACACUAUACCGGAUCAUUCAAAGCGAAUAAUAUGCCGCCUCAUGCCGGCUGCGGCAUCGGGGUCAACAGAGUCCUUCAGGGGCUUCUGGGGUUGAGCAAUGUCCGCGACGCUACUGCUUUCCCUCGGGACGCUUUACACUUGGCGCCUUGA